GGCAGAUGUAUACCUUUUUCCUUGGUUCUUUGAAAACAAAGUCACUCAACCUAUUGAAAUCAAAACUGCCCAAAUAUACCAUCAGAUUUGGUAAAUAGGAAAGUUAUAUUUUAUACCAAAACUUAUACUUCAAUAGUUGUGAAUACGCCAGCCAAUUGAAUAAUGUAGAGUAAUGCAUUUCAUUUCAUCUUAUUAAUUUACUAGAAGGCACUCUUGAUUAAAUGUAACUGGUUACCCCCAUAGAUCAAUGUGUUCAAACAUUACUCAAGAGUAGGAUUUUACUCCCAUUGAUCUAAUUAGCUUGCUCUUGAAGUUUAAAGGGUUUCAACAUUAUAUAUACACCACUGUCAGAUUUAAUACUUCAUGGUGUGAUUCUAGUGUCUUCAUCAAGCAUUUGAUGAGGAAGCUAAUUGUCUUUUUGUAAGGUGAUAAUCAUUAGUUUUGGCCUUUUUUAAUGUUCAAUGUUUGAUUAUUCUUGCAGCUCUUUACUUUGUUGCUGUAGUCAAUCUUGCUGCUCUUUACUUUGUUGCUGUAGUCACUCUUGCUGCACUUGUUGGACAGCAUUUGGUGAGUAUGGAAAAUUACAAGUUCUAUCGUAGUUGGAUGUACGAUCGUAUGUAUGCCGGGAGACGUGGACUUAAACCACUUUUUGAGGAAGGAGUUAAAUUGUUUAUUACAUGGGCAUUUGAUCAAGAAUGUUGUCGGGAAGAGGGAGGAGUGAGAUGUCCGUGUCUUAAAUGUGGAUGUAGACGUAUAAUAAGUGAUCCGAAAGAAGUAGAAACUCAUUUGAAGAGAAAGGGAUUUAAGGAAAAUUAUUGGGUUUGGACAUCAAAUGGGGAAGAAAUGCCGAUAAAUAUGCCAGAGACUAGUAAUUUCCAACAUGGCUCAUGUAGUCGAUCACAUAUGGAAUAUGAAGAACAAUUUAAUCUACACGAUGACAUGAUUGGCGAUGCUUUAGGGACCAAAAUGUGUUUAAAGAAAUGCUUGUUUAUUGGAAAUCAGAUGAGUUUAAGAAAAAAUCUGAAAAAGCAAAGCAACGUAGAGCAUCAGAAAGGGGAGCCGCCAAUCAGAGCCGGAAGCAUUAGUAUUGCUGAUCAUGCUGAACGAAUGGCUGUGGCUAAGAGAAGAGCUCCAUUAAUGCAAGAGCUUCACGAGAGGACUUAUCGGGGAAGAGAUGGAGAGUAUUGCGACGACCGUGCUAGAGAUACUCAAGCGGAGUACCAAAGGUUGAAGAAGGAGUUUUUAGCUAAACAUCCUGAGUUAGGCGGUCCACAUGGACGAUAUCCUCUUGAUCCAGCUAUUGAUCAGUAUUUGUGGUUGCAAGCAAGUAAGGGAAAGAAGAGAAAUGGAAAAAUUUAUGCUACAGGACCUUUAGCUAGCAACUACAAAAAGGGGAUAGGUAUUCUUUAUUUAGGAGAAUUGCAGACGGGGAAGGAUCUUCACGUCCUCCGACAUUAACCCCUGAAAUAACUGAAACAAUUAAACAACUAGCUCAGAGUGAAGCAGCACGUGAAAAUGAAACAUUGAGAAAAAAACAAAUGGAGUUGGAGGAAGCAUUGAGACUUUCACAAGAGCAAAUGAUGCUUACUCAACAACAAAUUCAACAACAAGUGCAACAACAAAUACAACAACAAAUGCAACAACAAAUGCAACAAAUGCAACAAUUCUUUCGACAACAAUAUGGUGGUGGUGGAUUUGGAGCGGUUGGUAACCAAGGAGUAGUAGACGAGAAUGAUGAAGAAAACGAAAAAUAAUGCGGACGACCCGGAUCCUAAGUGAAUAUUAUUUUAAAUUUAAAUAUUUUGGAUAAUCAUGAAUUUCUUUAUAUUAAAUAUACAUUUCUUUAUAUUAAUUAUG